AUGUCUCAUUUCCUCGCACCUGCCCAGCAAGCCCCUUUGGGUCCCACUACUCACUACCGGGUCACCCUGCGACGAUCGGCCAUUGGUCUGCCCUCGCGCUUCAGCAAGAUCCUGACUGCAAUGAAAUUGACGAAGCGUCUGCAGUCAGUCUAUCUGCCCCAGAAUCAAGCUGUCGCUGGCUCCAUCCUAGCCGUCAAGGAGCUCGUUCACGUCGACAAUGUCAGGAGGCUGGACCCGCCCGUGGGAAGGCUGAGCGAGGAAGAUGCUGCCGAGGAGCUUCGCGCAUGGCACGCCUCUGUCAAGGACGAAGAUGCAGUGUGGGUCGACGCAAAGGGAGACGUUAUUGACUGGGGCAGAGAAGCAAAGCGCGCUCCUCGAGGCUACCGAGUUGUUGGCAAUCUGCUCAGCAAGGAGAGGGACGAUGAGAUUCGCCUCCAGAACGAGGUGGGACUAUGA